AUCUGUGUUUAUCUCUUGGCUGACAGGCAUCAUGACGAUGUGGAGCAUGAAUCACAUGAACACUAGGUGGGGACCUCCUCCUCCUCAUCCACCCUUGGAUAAACUCGUACUUCUGGUUAGGCCAGCUGUUGCAUCAAGACGGAGGGGGAAAAAAAACACCUUUUUUCCGAAAGCAUCUUCAAAAUAAAAGUGGAACAUGUAGCGAGGUCCGUGUUGCAAUCUACUCGCCUUUCCUUGGGUGAGUAUAAACCCCACGUUUAUUUUGUAGGGUUACGACAACAACUGUGCAUUAUGUUUUAAAAAAAAAAAGGAAUUGUAGUGUAUUAGCACUCGCGGCGCGGUUAGGGUUUUAUUGUGAAGGUGCUGACCGGAUACGUCGCUUCUCGUUGACGGGAGUGAAGACGAAUAAGAGUUUUGGAGAGGAAAAAAAGUUCGAAGCGAGGAGCGGACACAAAGAGGACGACGCUCGGGGUGUCAACCACUGGACUUUUGCGGCUUUUCAUGUGUUUUAAUCCCUAAAAGGCUUUACUUAAUGAGGCGCGCUUGUACGUGAAUUCCCCGGACUGAGGUGUGUAAAGUUGACGAGAUGUUUUCCUGCUCGGUUCUUCUCCUGCUGCCUGUGCUGCUUUCAGCCCAGUACCAAGGGGACAACGGCAUAGUCAUCCCAGAACAUGGUCUAUGUCAACCCAUCUCCAUCCCCCUCUGCACGGACAUCGCCUACAACCAGACCAUCAUGCCCAACUUGGUGGGCCACUACAACCAGGAGGACGCCGGGCUGGAGGUGCACCAGUUCUACCCCCUGGUCAAGGUGCAAUGCUCCCCCGAGUUGAAGUUCUUCCUGUGCUCCAUGUACGCCCCCGUCUGCACCGUCAUGGAGAAGGCCAUCCCCCCCUGCAGGUCCAUCUGCGAGCAGGCCAAGCAGGGCUGCGAGGCCCUCAUGAACAAGUUCGGCUUCCAGUGGCCGGACCGUCUCCGCUGCGAGAACUUCCCGGUGCACGGGGGCAGUCAGAUGUGCGUGGGGCAGAACAAGUCGUCGGCCGCCACCGUGCCGCCCUUACCCGUGCCGGGGACGCAGGACGUGUCCGUGGUCUCCGGCCACGACCGCUCGUUCCGGUGCCCCAACGUCCUCAAGGUGCCGCCCUAUUUGAACUACGUGUUCCUGGACGAGAAGGACUGCGCGGCUCCCUGCGAGCCCGCCAGGGGCGGCGGCUACAUGUUCUUCACCGACAAGGAGAUCCACUUCUCCCGCAUUUGGAUCCUGGUCUGGUCCGUGCUCUGCUGCGCCUCCACCUUGUUCACCGUCACCACCUACCUGGUGGACAUGCAGCGCUUCCGCUACCCGGAGAGGCCCAUCAUCUUCUUGUCGGGCUGCUACACCAUGGUGUCGGUGGCCUACAUCGCCGGCUUCUUCCUGGGGGACAAAGUGGUCUGCAACGAGGCCUUCAACCCGGACGGCUACAAGACCAUCGUGCAGGGCACCAAGAAGGAAGGCUGCACCAUCCUCUUCAUGAUGCUCUACUUCUUCAGCAUGGCCAGCUCCAUCUGGUGGGUCAUCCUGUCCCUCACCUGGUUCCUGGCGGCGGGCAUGAAGUGGGGCCACGAGGCCAUCGAGGCCAACUCGCAGUACUUCCACCUGGCGGCGUGGGCGGUGCCGGCCGUCAAGACCAUCAGCGUCCUCGCCAUCGGGCAGAUCGAGGGCGACGUCUUGAGCGGCGUCUGCUUCGUCAGCCUCAGCAACCUGGACCCCCUGCGAGGCUUCGUGCUGGCGCCGCUCUUCAUCUACCUCUUCAUCGGCACCUCCUUCCUCCUGGCGGGCUUCGUGUCGCUCUUCCGGAUCCGCACCAUCAUGAAGCACGACGGCACCAAGACGGAGAAGCUGGAGCGCCUCAUGGUGCGCAUCGGCGUCUUCAGCGUGCUCUACACCGUGCCCGCCACCAUCGUCAUCGCCUGCUUCUUCUACGAGCAGGCCUUCCGCCCGCACUGGGAGCGCAGCUGGGUGGGCCACAGCUGCCGGAGCCUGGCGGUGCCGUGCCCGGCGCAGGCGGGGCCCCGCAUGACCCCGGACUUCACCGUCUACAUGAUCAAGUACCUCAUGACGCUCAUCGUGGGCAUCACGUCCGGCUUCUGGAUCUGGUCCGGCAAGACGCUGCACUCCUGGCACAAGUUCUACACCAGACUAACAAACGGCAAACACGGCGAGACCACCGUGUAGGACGCGCUUCCCCCGUGGAUGUUUUUCGCCGUCACGUUUGGGUUUGAGCUGGAUUAAGCGGGUCGGUCCCGACUGAACAAAAACAACAUGGCCGUGCGCUGAAAAUGCUCACCACCUCCUCCUCCUCCUUCCUCCUUUUAGCAUUUCACAUGUAAAUAGACUGUAAAUAAUAUUUGUAAAAAAAACAACAAAUCUAUAUAUUUGUAUUUAAAAAAUACCUGCUUCACAUUUGCACUGCGACAAAACCCAAGUAGAUUUUUUUUUUUUUUUACAAGCAGUCUGUCAGCAAAAUGACUUGUAGUCACUUUAUAAUGAAGCUACUAAAUCAGGGGUGUCCAAAGUGUGGCCCGGGGGCCAUUUGCGGCCCGCAGCUCAUGUUUUACCGGCCCGCGGCACAUCAUUCUAAAAAUACUUUAAAAAAAAAAUGUUUAAAACAUUAAAACGUGGAAUAAAAGAGCAAAUAGGUGAAAUGCAACGAGAAAAAAAGUUGCAUUGUUGACUCUAAAAACAAUUUUUUCAAAUACUUUAAAAAAAAUAAAUAAUAAUGAGUCAAAAUCAAUGUUGCUAUGAAUUAUUGACUGAUUUAAGGACAAAAAGGACACAAAUACAACAAACAAAGAAAACACGAAAAAUAUGAAAAUUAUUUUAAAAAAUACAUACAAAUUAUAUACUAAUAUU